UACCUUGGGAAUAAGGGAACACGUGCAGAGAACAACACAUGUCCCACUCCAUCGAAGGUACCGAGUCAAUGACAGCUUUUGCCAUCCUUAUCCUCUCGAAUGUGACACGUGCGGACCCAUCCACCCCGGCUGGCGCGGUGAACCCCGGAGCGCGCGUCAGUUUCCGAGGCCCCGCCCCCAGCCCUUUGUGACGUCUGGGCCGCACCUUCCACUCCCCGUAGACGAGCCCGCGCCCGCGCCCGCCGACUGUCUCUGGCUUGGCCCGUUAGAGGCCGCUUUGGUCCGGGAAACGCGGGCGGAUCGACUGGGGCCAUGAGGAAACUACUCGCUGGCUUCCUUCUCUCACUCCUGAAGGUGCUGCUCCUGCUUCCGACAUCUUCCCCAGCCCAGGAUUCAACUUCGGCCUCCACUCCAGGCAGCCCCCUCUCUGCCACCGAAUAUGAACGCUUCUUUGCACUGCUGACCCCAACCUGGAAGGCAGAGACUACCUGCCGGCUCCGUGCAACGCACGGCUGCCGGAACCCCACCCUCGUCCAGCUGGACCAAUACGAAAAUCACGGCUUGGUGCCCGACGGCGCUGUCUGCUCCGACCUCCCUUAUGCCUCCUGGUUUGAGUCCUUCUGCCAAUUUACUCAGUAUCGUUGCUCCAACCACGUCUACUACGCCAAGAGAGUCCGGUGCUCCCAGCCAGUCUCAAUCCUCUCACCCAACACUCUCAAGGAGAUUGACGCUUCCUCUGACAUCCCACCCACCACGAUGACCUCCCCCCUCUCUUCUCACGUCACAGCCACAGAACGACAGGCCUUCCAGCCCUGGCCUGAGAGGCUCAACAACAACGUGGAGGAGCUGCUACAAUCCUCCCUGUCCCUGGGGGGCCAGGAGCAGGGGUCCGAGCGCAAGCACGAGCAAGGGCAGGAGCACAAGCACGAGCAAGGGCAAGAACAUAAGCAGGAGGAAGGGCAGGAGCAGGAGGAACAAGAGGAGGAGCUGGAGGAGGAGGGAAAGCAGGAGGAAGGACAGGGGACAGAGGAGGGGCUGGAGGCCAUGGCUGGGCUGCAGUCAGACCCAGAGGUCAAGUUCCAGUCUGAGUUUAUGUCUUCCAACCCUUUCUCCUUCACUCCCCGGGUGCGGGAGGUGGAGUCCACGCCUAUGAUGAUGGAGAACAUCCAGGAGCUCAUUCGGUCAGCCCAGGAAAUGGAUGAAAUGAAUGAUCUGUAUGAUGAAGAACCCAUCUGGAGAAAGCCAACCCGUGACAGCCUCCUGCAGAUGCCUCACGUAGAGGCCUUGUUGGUGCUGUGCUAUUCGAUUGUGGAGAACACCUGUACCAUAACCCCCACAGCCAAGGCCUGGCAGUACAUAGAGGAGGAGAUCCUUGGUUUCGGGAAGCCGGUCUGUGACAGCCUUGGGCGGCGGCACUCAGCCACCUGUGCCCUCUGUGACUUCUGCUCCCUGAAGCUGGAACAGUGCCACUCGGAGGCCGUCCUGCAGCGGCAGCUGUGUGACAACUCCCACAAAACACCCUUCAUCAGCCCCUUGCUCAUAGCCCAGAGCAUGUCCAUCGGUACCCAGGUAGGGACCCUAACAUCAGGCCGCUUUUACGGGCUGGAUAUGUAUGGUGGGCUCCGCAUGGACUUCUGGUGUGCCCGGCUAGCCACAAAGGGCUGUGAGGAUAUUCGAGUCUCCGGCUGGCUCCAGACUGAGUUCCUUAGCUUCCAGGAUGGGGAUUUCCCCACCAAGAUUUGUGACACAGACUAUGUGCAGUAUCCAAACUACUGUGCCUUCAAGAGCCAACAGUGCCUGAUGAGAAGCCGGGAUCGGAAGGUGUCCCGUAUGAGAUGUCUGCAGAAUGAGACUUACAGUGCUUUGAGCCAGGCCAAAAGCGAGGACCUUGUGCUUCGAUGGAGCCAGGAAUUUAGCACCUUGACUCUAGGCCAAGCAGGAUGAGCUGGGAUCCAUCCUGUCUCCACCGCAGCCUGACCCUUCCACAUCCUCCAUUGCUUUUAGACCCCAUCUGUCAGUUUGCUUCCUGGCUGCCCCAUAUGGGUCUCUUACCUGGCCCCUACUCACGUUUUCCUUGGGUUGGGGCAGCAAUCCCAGAAGGGUCCAUGAUGGAAACUCCACCCACCUUAAAGGAUGUCUUUACAUAAAGUGUUUAUUUUCAA